AUGGUGGGGGUAGGUUACUUUCUCUUCGCGGCCUUUUGGCCACAAACUUUCCUGUGCUCGUGGUUGGAGCAGAGGGAAGAGGGGUUGCCUGGGUAUUAUGCCCUGAGGCUAAGGCCUGGUUCUGCGUUGGUGGUGCUUGCAGAGCAUCCUUCGAAGCCUUCUGGUCACAUGGUCCAGGGUUUACCUGCUGCAGAGCUGGAGUAUCACUGGAUCUCGGCUGUGGCGGAUUCUUGGGGCAAUGCCGUUGUCCUUGCUCCACCACCACCAUGUCCGAAGGAGCCACCACCUUCCAGUAUUCUGGAGUCGUCGCUGCCGCCGUCGGAGUCAGCACCGGCUUUUCUACCGGGUUCUCCUCCUCCUCCUCCUCCUCCGGUGACUGACGGAGCCUUUGGUGGUGGGCGCAUACCGAAACCAAGGAGCAAACCUCAUGGUGUCGAAGCCAACUUCCCGGAGGAACCUUCUGGAGCGCCACACCAACUCGCCUUCAACCCUCUAUACCUCAACUCUGGAGCCGUCGCUGCCGCUGUUGGAGUCAGUCUUCAUUCCUCUAUCCUCUUCGUAGCUGUUAUCCUUGCUCCACCACCACCAUGUCCGAAGGAGCCACCGCCUUCCAGUAUUCUGGAGCCGUCGUUGCCGCUGUCUGAGUCAGCCGUUGUCCUUGUUCCACCACCACCAUGUCCGAAGGAGCCACCGCCUUCCAGUAAUCUGGAGCCAUCGCUGCCGCCGUCGGAGUCAGCACCGGCUUUUCUACCGGGUUCUCCUCCUCCUCCUCCUCCUCCGGUGACUGAUGGAGCCUUUGGUGGUGGGCGCAUACCGAAACCAAGGAGCAAACCUGCUGGUUGGCGCAUACCGAAACCAAGGAGCAAACCUCAUGGUGUCGAAGCCAACUUCCCGGAGGGACCUUCUGGAGCGCCACACCAACUCGCCUUCAACCCUCUACACCUCACCUUGGUCAUCAUUCCUAUAGUUGUAACUAUAGGUAUAGCUGUUUUCUAUUGGUUCCAUCGUUGGUAA